ACUCCCCCGGACACAUUGACAGAAGAACACCUUUCUGUUUAGGUUCUCACAUGUGUAGCCAGCAAGACCGGUGGCUAAAACUAUUUGAUCGCAUUUUCGGUUUACCUCUCAAACAAGAUGGGGAAGAAACGGUCGAGUGAAGAUGUGGAUGAGUCCAAAACGCACGCGAAGAAAGGAAAAGUAUCUGAGACAGCAGAGUUCAAUGGAACUGUUUUUAAAGCCAUGUUGAAGGAGCCGACCAAGGCAAUGAAGGGCUUGGAUACAUUCAUCACGACGGCGAAGAAGCUGCCAUGUCCUGACCUGUAUGACGUUGUUGAGGGAUACAUCAAGAUCUCCAUGGAGUGUUCUGAGAUCUUCAAACUGCUGGAGGGAGACAAGCAGAUGGAGAGUGAAAUGAUGUUGAUUUUCCAGAGUUUGGAGAUGAUUCUGCUGCGUACGGCCAGUGAUCUCUCUCAUUUCAGCAUGGUGGGAUUCACUAUAGUAAAGAAGGCCGUCUCCAGCUAUAUGAAACUCAUACAGACAUCCCUACACUCAGAAAACCACAGGUUUGUCCGUCACUGCCUGAGUUUCCUGUCAGCCAUGGUAUCCCAGGGAGCAGACACAGCCAAAGUCUUCAGCCACUUCCACUUCACUAAAGGCCUGUCUGCUUUGGCCAAGAGGAAGGAUAAGAUGGGUAGACCUGAUGUCCGCAUGGCUUACACCCAGUUUGCCCUCUCCUUCCUGGUCUCUGGUGACAACGUUACUAUUGGACAACUGCUGGAGAUGAAAGAUUUCCUGCCAGACAUUCUAAGCAGCGGACUGAAGGAGGAUCGUAUCUCCACUGUCAACCUGAUUCUGUCUACUCUGCAGACUAAGGUGGUCCAGAGACAAGCCAUCAGUAAGACCCAGAAGGUGCGUUUCUUCACUCCAUCUCUCCUGGCCCAGAUUGCAUCUCUCUACAGGUGGAAUGGCAUUGUGGAUGCAAGCACAGACGACAGCAAGAUGGCAGAGAACGCAGAGGAAGCAGGGAAGAUGGUUGUGAGGAAACUGGUUCACAACUUCCUCCUGAAUCUGUGCUGCUCCCGGAAACAUGGCAUCAGUUUCUACGACCCCAGCUUUGGAACGGCCGGCAGGGCUGGUAACAUUGUGCUACUGCAGUUUGUGGUGGGGCUGAAGCAGGCUACAGAGGACGACCUGGUGUCUGAUCUGAUGGUCAAUAUACUGAGGGUCAGUCCUGACAUCUUGCCCAGGUUCUUCAAGGAGACACAGUUAUCCUUCAUCCCUCGCCUCAAAUCUGCCUGGACGGACAACAUCACUCUGCUCAAGAAGAUCUACGAGUCUCAGCCAGAGGUGUCCAAGGCCUUCCAGACCAGAGAGGUUGUCCCUCUGCCCCGCCUCCUGUCCAUGGUGCUGGUGACAUCACUUCCUCCCGUCUGUAACAAGGCCUUCUUCACGCAGGGCAUCAACUUUGCCAACGCGGUGGUGCAGCACACGACCCUGUCCCUCAUGUCGUUCCUUCUGAAGAGAGCUCAGGGGAACAUAGAGUUGUGUCUGGACCGCUCUGUGUGGCUCGCCUCUGAUCUCUACACACCAGCCACCAUGCAGGACUUCACACAGCAGUACAGGGAGGCACUCGGCAAGGUUCUACCGGACAUGACGAGCAUCGUGUCCAAAUGGCAGUCACUGACCAAGAAGGAGACAGGAGGGAAGGAAAGGACGAAGGAAGGAGAUGUCAAAGAGGACGCGAAUAAAGUUGAACAACCCGCCCCGUCAGGCCCCGAGUCUCCAGAGGUCAUCGUCCUGAAAGCCCUCAUCCUUCAGGUCAUGCGUCUCUACCAGAAGGUAGUGCCUCAUCUGGUUAGCCAGAGCAAGUUUGACUUCAGCAAGCUGCUCAAAGGUAUCGUGUCAGAGAAAGGUAUGAGAGAGGAGGUCCAUCCAGUCCUUCAACACCAGAUAUUACAACUGGCCCUGGACCUGCCGGCCAGCAAGUUCUCCUGGUUCAGAGUUCAGGAUCACGUGGAGACGGGCUCUGGGGAGAAGUCUGUGUUCUUCCUGCUCCUCAAGAUGUUUGUGAGCAGCAACAACAGCCACCUGAAAAUGUCCACCAGGAAACUGGUGCUGAAGGUGCUGAAGGACAGUGGAGUGUUUGAGUACACCUGGUCUGAGCUGGAGCUGUGGCUGAAACACCUGGACAGACUACAGACAGAGCAGCAGGACACGGUCAUACACUUCCUGGAGAGGGUGCUCAUGUGUCUGGUGUGUAACCCCUACACCUACACAGACAAGGUUGCCAGUCUUGUCCAGGAGGCAGCCUACCUACAGGCCAAUCUUAGCGGACAGGACGGAGACACCGCCAGCAUCCCCAUCUCACACAUAGACGACGUGCUGGACAUGGUUGAUGUGAUCAUGGAGGGCAGCGAGGGGGAGACGGAGGAGCUGGGCCCGGCGCUUAGUGAUGACCUCAUCCUCCAGACCUUCCCUUUCAGUGCCGUGGUACCUGCUGUCCUGGAGGCCAGGAACAAACUACCUGCUACCUACAGAACGGAGAAAGGUGUAAUAUUCGACUACAUGGCCACAGUCCUGUGUGACGUGCUCCACUGUCAGAGAGACCCUCUGCCCCUCAGCCUGGCUCUUCUACAGUACGACAAAGAGCUGAACUCCUCUGAAGAUUCUGGCCCCCAUCACUCCAUUGUUCACCUACAUCACUACUACACAACAUGGCUGCCCCAACAGGCCCGGGAACCUCUGUUCCAGUCCUGUGAAAGCCCUUUCCAAGCCUCUCCUAGUCCUGUGACCUUCACUGGUCUACUGAAGACGGCCUACACCCAGGGGGCCUCUGCCCUGCUAGAGGACUCCUUCCGACGGAGACUGGAGAAGAGUCUGGUCACUAUGGAGAUGGCAGAGUAUCCCGUUGCAGCCAAGCAGAUCCUACUGUACAUCAGAACCACUGUGGACAACUGCAGCAUGUUGUCUAUAGACACAGGGCUGCUGGAGCUCAAUGUCCUAAUGGGAGUUCUCCAGGGGCUGGUGUUGAGGCUUCAGAGCCCACAGGAACCAACUGAGGAAACCGAGGCAGAGCCCAUGGUCGAAGGAGAGACUGAGCCCAUGGUCGCUGAUCAGAAGGCAGCGGAGACAGCAGAAACCAUUGCUGUGGAUCCCAAGGAGACGGAGCCUAUAGCUAUGGACCAGGACACAGCCACUGUAGUAGAUCCAGCCAAGGUAGCAGAACCCAAAGCUGUGGACCUCCCGAAUGGAUCAGAGCUCUUCCUGGAGGUCAACCCGUCUUCUGAAGCAGAGGACGACCACAGCCUGGUGGUGUUGUCAGUGCUGAGUUCCAUCCUGAAGCACCCGUGUAUCGAGCAGUGGUUCCUGUCUCUGGAGUUGUCCUCCGUCCCUCCUACGUCCCUCAACCCCGUCAGGCUGAAGCUGCUGUGUGCUCAACUGUCUGACUGCAUCCUGGGUCUAUUACAGUCCUCUGCCUCCGUCCUUCGACCCCUGAACUCCCUCCAUCUCCUCUCCCCCUACCUAGAGGCUGUAUCAAGGGCUCUGCUCAGAGAACUGGGGGAGACUGGGGAGAGGAGGGAGACCGACAAGGAGUCCCGGCCUGUGAGAGCCUUCAUGGCCUUGCAUGCCUACAUGGAACCCUCUCUCCUCCAGGAGCUGGUCUCUUCCCUUCUCCUCCUCCCCAAGGAGGCCCUCAUCACCCCGGGGGAGGGUGACGGGGAGGGAGAGGAGGACAGAGAGAAGAGCCCCAGAGCAGCAGAGCUCAGUGUCUACGGACGCACGGCUCUACAGGUCCUCACUGAGACCACCUCCUCCGACGCCUCUUCAUCCGGCUCCCCUAUCCUCCUCCUCUCCCAGGCCCACCUCCAAGGCCUGGCCACCCUGCUCCUCUCCUGCUCCAGCCCAUCUCUGGAGACCUUCCUCCUGCAGGCCCUGAGGACCCAGCCAGGCAACGCUAAACUCCUCCACACUGACAUCCUGCUCCACUGUCUCCAGGGGCCUCUUACUGCAGCCACCCAGGCCCUCGUAGCUCUGCUGCAGAACUGCUCUGCUCACAGGCUCUGCUUCGUGUGGUGCCUGCAGCCGCAGCACCUGGAGAAACUGUCAGACCAGACGGAGACAUUCCUACCGCUGGUCAACCGUUACCUGCAGACUGCAGCCAGAGAGGACCCGCCAGGCCUAAAGACGGUAGGUGGUUGUGGUCUCGUCUGCUGUGUCAAACUCAUUGUUACUGUAUUUAUGUUAGACUGGCAGCUGUCGGGGAGGGGGGUCCAUCCGUCGGGUCUGUCAGGGGGUCUGUCGGGCCUGUCAGUCUGUCGGGGGUCUGUCGGGUCUGUCAGGGGGUCUGUCGGGCCUGUCAGCAGGGAGUCUGUCAGGGGGGAUCUGUCAGGGGGUCUGUCAGGGGUCUGUCGGGGGAUCUGUCGGGUCUGUCAGGGGGUCUGUCGGGGUCUGUCGGGGGGUCUGUCGGGUCUGUCAGGGGGUCUGUCAGGGGGUCUGUCGGGGCUGUCAGGGGGUCUGUCGGGUCUGUCGGGGGGUCUGUCGGGGGGGGUCUGUCGGGUCUGUCAGGGGGUCUGUCGGGGCUGUCAGCGGGGGUCUGUCGGGAGACAGGGAGGCCCUGGGGCUGUGGAGGUUGUGGAGGCUCUGUCUAGUCUGGUCAGACUGACAGCUAAGGUCAAGGACAUCAGAGAGCUCAUCGCCUCCCUGCCAGCUGCCUUGCAGAAACUAGACGGCUUUGAGAGAUGGCAGCUGGUGGACCCCAUCAGUGCUGUGCUGUCUGUCUGUCCCGAGGAGCUGGAGUUGUGGAGGACUUCGGUGCUCUCUGCUGCCCUCCGGUGGCUGAGCUCUUCCUACGGCCACAACAGAGACCAGAACACGGCACCACUCACACAGGAGGAUAGCAUACUGAAUAGACUGACUGUACUGCUGACUUUUCCAGAAGACAUCACAGCAGCAGAAUGGAACAGCUUUGUCAAGGCUGGACUGAAGUGUCGCUACAGAGACCCUAACUUCCUGAGCACCCUAAACAGGAUGUUGGAUCUGAUGUAUGGAGGUAGUGAAGGACCUAAAGACCUGGUUCCUGUACCUACCAUCCACAUGAUGGCCUCCAGCCACUCCCUGUUCCUACCCAUCAUGCUGGGAGACGAGGAGGACCUUAGUGGGAACACACAGGUUAAAGAGGCCCUGGUCUCUCUCCUGCUCAGCCUAGUGAAGAGAAGUCCUGCUGUCUGUAGCAGCAGCCACUUCGUAGUCCUACUGGGAGGGUACGGCGCUACUCUCAGUACUACAGAUCAGAAUCUGUUACUGCUGCUGCAGGAGUACGAACGAAACGGCAUCAGUCUGGUAGACUUUCAGUGCAUGCUUUGGGGCCCAGCGGCGGUGGAGCACCAUAAGGCCCGGAGAAGCCUGGGCGUUUCCUUGUGGCAGCAACCCAGCUCUGAGGACCUGCUGGCUCUGCUCAGCCCUGACACCAUGAUCAACACCAUCACUCACUUCCCCCUGCAACGCAGGAUCAUCCUACAGGAGGGUAAAGAGCUGAUUUUCAAAGAUGAGGAAGUGAAGGAUCUUGGGAGUGUGUACGACCCUUGUUUCCUCCUGCCUCUCUUCAGCGCCAUGCUUCAGCCAGAGUCUGUGAUCGACUGUCUGAAGUUUGUGUCGAGUCACGGCCUUGGUGUGACGAUGGUGUCCCUGAGUAGUUACGACCCCAAGCUGAGGGCAGCGGCCUAUCAGGUCCUGGCUUCAUACCACCAUCAUCUGGAGGCUGCUCGCUUCAGAGAGAAGAGACAGCUGCUGUACCUGCUGGACAUGGUAAAGAAUGGGAUCCGACAGCAGAACCUCAGAAUGCCCUUCGUUCUGACCACGUACAUCUCUAAGGUGGCCCGGCAGAUGCUGAAACCAGAGGAGCACAUGUACGUGGUGGUGAACCGGUUCCUGCUCUCCCAUCAGUGUCUGGACUUCAGAAGGGUUCCAGAGUUCUUCAAGCUGUUCUACAGCUGUGACAUGGAGGUAAAGUAUUACAGGGAGUGGAUUCUGUCUGUCCUCGAGGAGGGCCUGAAAGACAGACAGUGUUAUGAUCUGCUGGACCAGCAGGGGAUCUUUCAGACGCUGCUAGGAUUCUGUUGCAGCCCACUCUGUGACCAACACACUCAGACUCUGAUAGUGAGAGUCCUGCACCAGGCUGGUCGUGUGACCAAAGCAGCCUACAACCUGACCAAGGGCCACGGGCUCCUCACCUGGAUUCUGCAGCUGCUGGAGAGGAGACAUGUAGACCAGGGUCUGCUGAGUGCUGUGGUGGAGCUGCUCCAUGUGCUGUGGUUCACCAACCUGGGACAGAAGGAGACCCGUGGUGAGGCCUCCUCUUCCUCAUCCUCUUCCUCCGCGGCCAAUGAGGACAAACCCCAGGGACACAGCACUCCAAAGGUUCUCCCUCUACCCCUCAUCAGCCAGUUCCUGUGUGUGGCCACCACCAUCAUCAGACAUCUGAGGCUGGUGAAGGCAGGUCAGCUGAGCCUGUAUCUCCAGACUCUGAGCUCCAUCCUGCAACAUUGUGGAACAGCUCUGGGGAUCCACGGGGAGGCUGGCUGGCUGACCUUACGACCCCAGGCUCUUUCCUCCCAAGACGCCCUCGCCCUCCUCCACCGCUGGAGCACGCUGACCCACAAUGCACCGCUCCUCAGCCAGCUGCAGACUGUGGCGGAGAAACACAAAGUCAAGGAGCUGCUGGGGUCGGGCAGGGAGAAAGGCCGAGGGAGAAGCUCCUCUGUCCAGGCCCAGGCCCGUUCUCACUCCCGACCAAAGGAACAGGAGGAGGAACGAGAGGUAGAGAGACGAGAGGAGGAGAAGACUCUGUUGGAGAAGUGUAUUCCUCACCUCAGGAAUAUCUUUACCCACUGGGAGCCUGUCUCUCUUGCCUGUCCCCCCUCUUCCCCCGCCAGCCCACCUCCCUCCUCUGACGCCCAUACUCUCACCUCCACCCCCCUGGCUAACACCACAGCCCAUCUUCUCACCAGGUGGUUCCUGAACUCUUUGGUAGAGGGAGCCUCCACCUACGAGGACAAAGGGACAGUCCACUUCCUUCGCUGGUUCCAGAAGACUGUCCUGUCUCAUAGAUUCAUAGUGGACCUGGUGCUGGCUGACCCUGCUGUGAGAGUGGACCUGCUCCGUCUAUAUCACCAGGCCUGUGAGCCCCAGCCCCAGGCCCAGCCCCAGACCCAGAUCUCUUCCAGGGUAGAACACGUCCAGCUGUUCACCAACAUUAUGAUCCAGCUCCUGGAGUCCAGAGGCUGCACUGAGAGUGACCUGCACAGGGCCGUGCUCACAGCAUGCUCCCUAGGAACAACAUGUGAUGACCAGACCACAAAGGAAGGUCUGAUGUUACUGUCUCUGUACAUCCAUGAGAUGUGGAGCGGAGCGAAGAGCCCAGAGCUGUUCCUGAACCAUGUCAGGUUGGCGAAUGAGAUCCAGGGCUCUAUAGGAACCAAGGACCAGAAGAAGAAGUCCAAACGACGUUCCCAGACACACACAGAACACCUCAGGACCAUCUGUAGUGACCUCCUCUCAGGACUGCAGUCUACUGUUGCACCAUAGGGGUUAAAUAGCUGUGGCAUUACAUUACACCCUAUUGAGUAUGCUAUUUCUUAACCAGGGCCCGUGGUCUCUGGUCAAAAAGUAGUGAACUACACUGAGUAUACAAAACAUUAAGAACACCUGCUCUUUCCAUGACACGAUCCCUUAUUGAUGUCAUCUGUUAAAUCCACUUCAAUCAGUGUAGACGAAGAGGAGGAGACAGGUUAAAUCAGUGUAGACGAAGAGGAGGAGACAGGUUAAAGAAGCAUUGUGUAUGUGUGCAAUUGAGGGUGAAUGGGCAAGACAAAAGAUUUAAGUGCCUUUGAACGGGGUAUGGUAGUAGGUGCCAGGUGCACCGGUUUGUGUUAAGAACUGCAACGCUGCUGGGUUUUUUUCAUGCUCAACAGUUUCCCGUGUUGUAUCAAGAACGGUCCACUACCCAAAAAGACAUCCAGCCAACUGGACAACUGUGGGGAGCAUUGGAGUCAACAUGGGCCAGCAUCCCUGUGGAACACUUUAAACACCUUGUAGAGUCAACAUGGGGCCAGCAUCCCUGUGGAACGCUUUAAACACCUUGUAGAGUCAACAUGGGGCCAGCAUCCCUGUGGAACGCUUUAAACACCUUGUAGAGUCAACAUGGGCCAGCAUCCCUGUGGAACGCUUUAAACACCUUGUAGAGUCAACAUGGGGCCAGCAUCCCUGUGGAACGCUUUAGGCACCUUGUAGAGUCAACAUGGGCCAGCAUCCCUGUGGAACGCUUUAGACACCUUGUAGACUCAACAUGGGCCAGCAUCCCUGUGGAACGCUUUAGAAACCUUGUAGAGUCCAUGUCCCUGAUGAAUUGAGGCUGUUCUGGGGGCAAGGGGGGUAGAAACUCUAUGUUAGGAAGGUGUUCCUAAUGUUUGCUAUACUCUGUGUGUGUGUGUGUGUGUGUGUGUGUGUGUGUGUGUGUGUGUGUGUGUGUGUGUGUGUGUGUGUGUGUACUGGGAAUAGAGAACAGUUCCAUACAGUAGAUUCAGAGUUGAGACAAGUGUGCACAACUCACAACUUUUGUGCAAAUCAUCAAUUUACGUCUAGUGAGAGGAUAUUUUCUGAGAAUCUCAAGUCAGGAUACAGUAUGCAUACUUGUUUAAUCAUAAAAUGGAAGCCUCCGUUAUUUUGCAUCUAAAUUUUCUAAAAGAAGUUGUGUGUUUUGUAUGUAAAUCAUUAAUUUCAAUUUAUAAACAUUU